GCAGCAGUGCUGAGAGAGGCCUCGGAGCCGAAACGGCGCAGCACAGAGAUCUCAGACACAUGGCGAUCACAAAGGGCCUGAUACUGUCCCUUUGCUGGGGCUUGGCCCUGUGUGGAGGACUCGGCGGCGGUGGCGGUGGCUACGGCGGCGGAGGCGGCGGAUUCGGUGGAGGUGGAUUCGGUGGAGGCCACGGUGGAGGAGGAGGCGGAUUCGGUGGUGGCCAUGGAGGAGGCGGAGGCGGCGGUCACGCCGUCAGCGUCCAAGCCAUCGAAGUUCCUUCAACCGUGGUCAGCGGUGGUGGCGGCGGUGGCGGUGGCGCCAUCGGCGGUGGCGGAGGUGGUGGAGACACCGCCAACGUCAUCGUCAUCAAGAAUGGAGGAGGCGGUGGCGGAGGAGGAGGUGGAGGCGGCGGCAGGCUAGUCACCACACUGCGUCGCUUCACCGCCCACGUCGACACCAGCUCGGUGCCCAUCGACUUCCAGCACGUUCAGAUUCCUAACAAGUUUCCUAGCAAACCAAUCAGGCCUCGCGUCGGUCCCGUCGGCUACAUCGUCGCCAUGGAAGGCCAAGCCCAAGUUCAGGGCGGCGGCGGAGGAGGAGGAGGAGGCGGCUUCGGUGGUGGCUUCGGAGGCGGUGCCGGAGGUGGUUUUGGCGGCGGCGGUGGCGGCGGCGGUCACGAAGUCUACGAGGUCAAGGCGGUAUCCAGCGGAGGCGGCGGCGGCGGUGGAUUCGGAGGUGAGUGCAGGGACACUAGUCCACUGAAAGUGAACAGGGAAAAAACGGCCCUUUGA